AUGAAUCCUACAAUUGUUAUUUUAGAAGAAGAGAAUUUAUUCAUUUAACAGUUUCAACUCUCUAAUCUAUCUUAGCUUUCUUAUUAUGUGGAAUGUAAAGGGAUAGCAGCAGUUAUAAAUCCUGUUAGAGAUAUUUGUCUGUAUUCUUAAUUAGCAGAAUCUCGAAAUGCUACUAUAUAAUUUAUUUUAUUAACUGAGGUUCCCUGCGAUUACAUUUCAGGGCAUUUAAUCCUAUAAAAAUUAUACUAAGCUCAAAUUUUUGUUGGCCCUCAAUCUAACUGUAAAUUUGAUAACAAAACCCUCAAGGAAACUGAAGCAAUUACAUUAGGCGAUUAUUAGCUCAGAUAAAUUUACACACCAGGCCAUUCUAUCGAAUCUUGUUGCUAUUUACUUGAAAAUGUUAUCUAAAGCUGUAAACCUGUAGCAGUUUUUAGUGGUAAUACUUUAUUAAUCGGAGAUACUUGUGGAAUAAAUACAACUUAAGCCUAAACAAUUGAAGAAUAAACUUACUUAGCAUCUCUUUUAUUUGAUUCUUUAAGAAACAAAAUAUUAACUUUAUUAGAUACAACUAUUAUAUACCCAGGUCACACUUCUGGUUUUAUAUUAGCACCUAAUGCUAAAAAUGGAUUAAAAGAUACUUUAUUAAAUUAAAAGCUAGUCAAUAGAUCUUUAUAGGAAGUAACAAGAGAAUAAUUCAUUUAGCAAUUAUUAAAAAUCACUACUGAAGUACCUAAAAAUUAUUAUUUUAUUAGUGAACUAAAUAGAGAUUUAGUAUAAGCAGAUUUACUUGAAAGUAAGCUUUAAUCAGCAAAAUAGCUUGUUAGUGUAGAUGAAUUAUUAAAGUUCUAGCAACAAGGAUCAAUUAUUCUUGAUUGUAGGCCUUAUGCAGACUUUUUGAAUGGCUUUAUAGAAAAAUCUGUGAAUAUGAGUCUUUCAACUAAAAUAGAACUAUGGAUAUCAAUGAUGUAUUCUUGUAAAAAUAAUAAUUUUGUAGUUAUUUGCUAACCAGGCAAAGAAGAAGAAACAUAUACUAGAUUAGCAAGAAUAGGAUUAGAUUUUACCAUUAAAGGAACUCUCUAAGGAGGCAUAGAUGCCUACACUGAGAGUGGAAAAGUACUUUAAAAAGUGCCUAACAUAGAUGCUGCAAAGUUCAAAAAUGAAAUUUAUUAAUAAUAAGCUCCUUAUUCAAUGGAUGUAAGAGAUGAACAAGACUAUUAAGCAGGUCAUCUUGAAAACUCUUUAAAUGUGCCAAUAAGUUAAAUGUCAGAAGCAUUUUCUUCUAACAUUGAUCAUUUCCCAAAAGAUUAACCUAUUUAUGUUUUUUGUAAUGGUGGAGGCAGAGCUCCUCUUGGAUGUUCUAUCUUAAAGGCUAAUGGCUAUUAGAAUGUUGUUCAUGUUGUUGGAGGUAUGUCUAAACUAAAAGAAAACGCAAUUCAACUGAUUAAACAAUGA